AUGUGUAGUGUUGCUCAUGAGGAUACUAUGCAUGCAUUGGUUUCAUGUGUUUUUGCAAGCUCUAUAUGGCAUGAGUCCCACCUUCCAAUCCCCAAUAUUGUGACCAACAAUUUUCAUUCUUGGUUUGAUGAAGUGAUGAAUAUUCUAGAUACUAAUGGAAUUAUGUUUACAGCAGCAAUUCUAUAUUAUAUCUGGAAGGCCAGGAAUGGUGCAGUUUGGGAUGCCUACCUACCCACCACGAGGAAGCUCAUAGCAGCGGCCACAAAUGCUCUCCAUGCAUGGCGACUCAUUCACCAUGCCGGCAAUCAACGCCCUGCGGCACAGUUGCCCAGCACGACUGGCGAAGCGUUGCCACUUCACGGCCACCCCAGCUACGUCGUGCCAACUGCAGUCCGGGUAUGCCAUUUCGAUGCAGCAUACUAUCCGACCACACAUAGGACCUCGGUUGGAGCGGUUCUUCGUGACGAGAAUGGAGGCUAUGUUACGGCUUUCAACGCUACACUUCCCGACUACUUCUCACCAUUAAUGGUCGAGGCUUAUGCAUGCAAGGAAGUUCUGUCAUGGCUCAGGGGUCGUGGAGAACGAUUCGUACAUCUCUACACGGAUUGCCUGACCCUAAAGCAUUAUUUAUCAUCCACCACUGGACCGGUUCGUUCGUACGUUGGCUAUGCCAUUGAUAGUUGCAAGUCUAUUAUUACUUCGUUUGAGUACUGUUUUAUUAGUUCCGUUCCUAGAUCAGGAAAUUUAAUAGCUCAUACUUUAGCAUCUUCAGCUUUUGAUCAGUCUACUGCUAUGUAUUGGGAUGUUAUCCCGCCUGACACUAUUUCAGCUUAUCUCUAA